GGCUCCCGUCUGUGGCACUGGAGACAGAGAAAAGGCCAGUGUCCCAGCAGAACUUGGCUCCAAACUGGCGAGUCAUGGAUGCCCUUGUCCGCCUCCUGCAGCUGCUGGUGCUGCUCCUGACGCUGCCCCUGCACCUGCUGGCUCUGCUGGGCUGCUGGCAGCCCCUGUGCAAAAUGUGCUUCCCCUACCUGAUGGCGGCACUGACGGCCAAGUGCAACCGCAAGAUGGAGAGUAAGAAACAGCAGCUCUUCAUCCAGAUAAAGGGGCUUGCGGGAACCUCCGGGAAGGUGUCCUUGCUGGAGCUGGGCUGCGGCACUGGGACCAACUUCCAGUUCUACCCAGCAGGCUGCAGGAUCACCUGCCUGGACCCAAACCCCCACUUUGAGAAGUUCCUGAUCAAGAGCAUGGGGGAGAACAGGCACCUCCAGUAUGAACAGUUUAUGGUGGCUUCCGGAGAGGACAUGAAAGGACUGGCGGACGGCUGCAUGGAUGUGGUGGUCAGCACCCUGGUGCUGUGCUCCGUGCAGAGUCCGAAGAGGGUCCUGCAGGAAGUCCACAGAGUGCUGAGGCCGGGAGGAGUGUUUUUUUUCUGGGAGCAUGUGGCUGAGCCACGUGGAAGCUGAGCCUUUCUGUGGCAGCAAGUUUUAGAGCCCACCUGGAAACAUAUUGGGGAUGGCUGCUGCCUCACCAGAGAGACUUGGAAGGACCUCGAGAGUGCCCAGUUCUCUCAACUCCAAAUGGAACACCAGCCCCCUCCCUUCAAGUGGUUGCCUGUUGGGCCCCACAUCAUGGGAAAGGCUGUGAAAUAA